UGCUACCGGAAGCUUGAUGUCUAUGGUCGCCUGGGCGACAGUGCGGGCCGCGAGGGCACGCGAAUUCGCCCGGCGAGUGAAGUCCGUACUACAGGCAGAAGUCAUGGACAUAGACGCAGAGAGAGAGAAAAUAACAAAGGAGAUCAAGGAGCUGGAAAGGAUUUUGGAUCCCAGUUCCUCCAGCAUCCACUUGGAAGUCUCUGAGUCAAGUCUCGAUUCAGACUCUGAAGGAGAUUUGCUGCCUGGUGAGGACUUGGAUGCCACUGGAGCCCCAGUCUUGGAGGAUGAAAGGUGGGGCGAAGCCAGCAAUGACGAGGAGGAUCCCAAGGAUAAAACUCUCCCUGAAGACCCCGAGACCUGUCUGCAGUUGAACAUGGUCUACCAGGAGGUCAUCCGAGAGAAGCUGGCAGAAGUCACCCAGCUGCUGGCCCAGAACCGGGAGCAGCAGGAGGAGAUCCUGUGUGAUUUGGCUGGGUCCAAAGGUCCCAAGGCAAAAGAUGGCAAGAGCCUGCCACCAAAUAUGUACAUAGGCCACUUCAUGAAGCCAUACUUCAAGGACAGGGUCACUGGAGUGGGGCCUCCCGCCAAUGAAGACACACGGGAGAAGGCCGCCCAAGGAAUCAAGGCCUUCGAGGCGCUCUUGGUGACCAAGUGGAAGCACUGGGAGAAAGCAUUGCUCAGGAAGUCUGUGGUGAGCGACCGCCUGCAGCGCCUGCUUCAGCCCAAAUUGCUCAAGCUCGAGUACUUACAGCAGAAGCAGAGCCGUGUCUCCAGUGAGCCAGAGAGGAAAGCCCUGGAGAAGCAGAUCAGGGAAGCAGAGAAGGAGAUCCAGAAUAUCAACCAGCUCCCAGAGGAAGACUUGCUGGGGAACAGACUGGACAGUCACGACUGGGAGAAGAUUUCCAAUGUCAAUUUUGAAGGAGGCCGCAGCGCAACGGAGAUCCAGAAGUUCUGGCAGAGCUCUGAACACCCAAGCAUUAACAAGCAGGAAUGGAGCGCAGAGGAGGUGGAGCAUCUGAGGGCCAUUGCAGCCGCACAUGGCCACCUGGAGUGGCAUUUGGUCGCAGAGGAGCUAGGGACCAGCCGCAGCGCCUUCCAGUGCCUGCAGAAGUUCCAGCAACACAACACAGCCCUGAAGCGCAAGGAGUGGACGGAGGAGGAGGACCGCAUGCUCACCCAGCUGGUUCAGGAGAUGCGUGUUGGGAGCCAUAUCCCCUACCGCAGAAUUGUCUACUACAUGGAAGGGAGGGACUCCAUGCAGCUGAUCUACAGGUGGACCAAGAGCUUGGAUCCUAGCCUGAAAAAGGGCUUCUGGGCCCCAGAAGAAGAUGCUAAGCUGCUUCAAGCUGUUGCCAAGUAUGGGGAGCAGGAUUGGUUUAAGAUCCGGGAAGAGGUACCAGGUAGGAGCGAUGCCCAGUGCCGAGAUCGCUACCUCAGAAGGUUACACUUCAGCUUGAAGAAGGGGCGGUGGAGUGCUGAAGAGGAGGCGCAGCUGAUGGAGUUGAUAGAAAAACACGGUGUUGGUCACUGGGCAAAGAUAGCUUCUGAACUACCCCACCGAUCAGGCUCCCAGUGUCUGAGCAAGUGGAAAAUCAUGGUCAGGAAGAAGCAGAGUCUCCGGAGGCGGCGGCAGAGGCCCCGUCACAGUGUCCGGUGGAGCUCCAGCAGCAGUGGCAGCAGUAGCAGUGGGGACAGCAGUGGCGGUCACAGCAGCAGCAGCAGCAGCAGCAGCAGCAGCAGUAGCGAGGACUCCGAACCAGAGCUAGAAGAGCCCCAGGAGGGUGGCAAAGUGUUGCUGUCCCCACCAUACACAGUGCCAGACAUUGACCUGUGGGUUCCUGCUAGGCAAGGCAUCAGCCAGCCACUGAGAGAAGAGGCAGGUUGCUGCCCAGGACACUGUGCUACCUCCCCCUGCCCUCCCAAGGUGUCCAAAACUGCCCAGGGUCGCCACAAGGAAGUUUCCACCAUAGCCUCUGCCCCUGGAGAGGAAAUGAGCCAGGCACAGAUGCAUUCCAGGACACACAGCACUGUCCCAAGAGGCACCCAGUUGCUGAGCACUCACCCAUCAAGUGGAGAGGCACAGACCUGCAAGGACAGGCAGUGUGUGCUAACGGUGCCCCUGGAGACCAUGCUGAGGGUGCUCAGGACCAGCAGAGCCACCCGGAGCCACAGUCUGAAGGAAGGUCUGAAGCAGCCGGCUCUGUCUGACUCACUCCCAGGGCCUGGCCCUGGAGACCACAUGGCUGGGCCCCACCUGCGGCGGCUGUGGCGUGGAUCCUUUCGGAACAGGCAGAGGCGCCAGAGACAUGCUCUAAACUGGAGGUUCCUUGAGCGCAGGCUUCUGUUGGCCAUGACGCCCUGGGUGGGUGAUGUCACCCUGCCUUGCACACAGGCUCCCCGGAGGCCCAGGGCAGUGCAGACUCACGCCGAUGGCAUCAGGACGCAGCUGGAGCAUGCCCACCUUGCCAGCACCCCAGUGUUUGCACUGUUUAUCCAGCUGCUGCAGAUUGACACUGCAGGCUGCAUGGAGGUGGUUCGAGAGAGGAAGGCCCAACCACCUGCACCUCUCCAGCCUGAUGCUCGGGGCCCACCACCACGUCUUCCACAGGAGCCCUCUAGUACCCAGAACACCCCAGCUCAGGACACUAUGAAGAGCUCCAGCCACAGAGGACGCAUGCAGUUGGACUCCUGCCAGGCCAAGUCUUCCUCCCCACAAGUCCCCACGCCAGCCCUGUGUGGUCCCCGGCCCAAACCCAAGACUGUGUCUGAGCUUCUUCGUGAGAAGCGGCUCCGUGAGUCCCGUGCAAGGAAAGCCGCCCAGAGCCCUGUGGCUCUCCAGCCCCAGCUGCUGGUUUCCUCAUCUGUGAUCCUCCAGGCCCCUCUGCCACUAGCUUCCCAGAGUCCCACAGCCACAGGACCUGGCAUCCCAAGCAUAGCGCUGUCUGGGCCUGCAGCUCCUGCAGGAGCCAUUGCAAGCUCUUCUGGCUCCUGGCAGGAGCCUGGGACUUCAGCCAAGAAUGAGAGGCCCAUGGGACUGCAAGCCCUGCCCCUUACUCCAGGAGCCCAGGACAUAGCCUCUGCUGCCUUCAGCUCUCUGGUCCAGAGCCCUGUGAGCUGCCCUCCAAGCAGUUCAGGACAAUCUCAAACCCCUGCCACAUCCCAGAAGCAGAACCUGCCCAAGGUCCUACCCUUUCUUCCCAUAGCCCCUAACCCUACUCAGCUGCCCAUGCAGCCCCUCAGCCUGAUGCCUUCCCUGGACACAAACAAGGGUGGGUUGCCCCUGGCAGCCAGCAUCCCCCUACCCAUCACCUUGGUACUUACAACCCAGGGGUUGCUCCCUGUGCCAGGGCCAGCUGUGGUGGGCCUCCCCAGGCAAAUGGGGACCCCUGGCCCCACCGGGCUGUCAGCAACAACACUGCUACAACCCCCCACAGAGACUCCCUCUUGCCCUCGGCAACCUCCAGUCAGUGUGAAUACAGAGACAGCCCCCCCAAGGUGUUCCCCAUCCCUAAGCCUUGCAGAAGUUGGUGGUGAUAUGCCCUGUGCCCUUGGGGAGGCCCAGGUUGCCAGGGAGAUAUCCGUGCCAACAAUGUUUUCCCAGGCUGACCACCCGGAGGCAGAGCUCCCCUGUCCCAGCCAGUUGCCUAUUGAUGGCAGCCCUGGUCCCAGGAGUAAUCCAGGAGGGACACCAAGGUCUCCCUCAGGGUCACCAGAGCCACAGGGGUCUCUGAGACUAGAGAGACCACCCCCACCUGGACCUGAGAAGGGGACACUGGACCUGCAGCUGCUCUCCCAGGAGAGCGAAGCAGCCAUGAGGGAGUGGCUCAGGGGCCCACAAGGUGCUUGUGUGCCCCAGCUAGAUAGCAUGCUGCCCUACCUACCCCCAACCCUCUGUAGCCUGCGCGUGCUGUCCAGCCUCCUGCUCUGUAAGAAGGCCUUGGAGCACAAGGCAGUUUCCUUGGUGGCCAGCAGGGCAGCUGGAGCCAGACCUGAGCCUCAGGCUGGAACUCUGCAGGCCUUGCUGGGGGUAGUGCAGAGGCAGCUGCAGGACAACCCAGCCUACCUCCUAUUAAAGACACGGUUUCUGGCAGCCUUUACCCUUCCUGCACUCCUGGCCACUCUGUCCCCAUGUGGUGUCCAUACCACCCUCUCAGCCAUAAGGGUGGGCCCUGAGAGCGAAGAUGAGGACCUCUUGGGUGAGCUGGGGCUCGAGGACAAGGUCAGGCAGCUGGGCUGCACAUCCAGCAGAAUGCAAGUGGCCACAAGCCCCGUCCAGGGAGCCCCAGACCCUGGUGAAGGUUCUGCCCCCUCCCACCUGGAUGCUUCUGAUGAACUUGACGUGCUCAGGACCCGGCAUGCCAGGCAUACCCGGAAGCGGAAGCGGAUGCCGUGAGCAGAAGGACAAGGACUCUCGGGGCCCAGAGCCUACCCUUACUCCCAGCAAGAGGCAGGGCUCACCCCUGUCCAGGAGCCCACCACAUCCCCACAGGAGGAAGUGGCUAGAAGCCAGGGAGCUACUGACUGACCCACAGACUGACCUCUGCCAGCAGCGGGUAGGAGGAUGUGACGACAAUGGCUCUGCGGCUCAUGGGCCUGGCUAGGCCCUAAGUCCAAAUCCAGAUACCUGAAGGAAUAAAGUAGAUGUUUUAUUUUUUUAAUUAAAAAGCAGGACACAGGCUUUUGUGGUUUUGUUGUCUUGAGGUAUGGGCACUUACACCCAGAGCUGCCACCAACCAGAAUCAGGUCACCAGUCAGUGCCUAAACUCUCCUGGCAGUCAGCCCUGGGGACACACGGAGUGCCGGCCAGCUCUGCCAGGGUCCUCAGUGCCUCCUGUGCACUGGGCUUCUUCAGGCCCUUGAUCCCGGGGACCCUGAGCCUUGCCAGAGGGCUUGGGAGGAUGGAGAAGCAGCUCCUGUUCAUUUUGUGUCCCGUGCCUCCCCAGGCAGGGUCCCUGGGACUGCCUAGCUGGCCAGUUACAGCCACAGUGCCCUUCCC